UAGGCUUAACACCUCCUUGUUGGGGGGGUGUUUUGCCGUGUGACUGAGGAGUGGGUGUAUGUUUUGGCUGCUGAAUUUUCGCCUGGACCUUUUUCCAGAUCCUUAGGAACCAUGUUUUUAGGCCUACUGCGAUUCCCAGCCGCGCCUUGCAGUGCAGCGCUGAGGAGUAGCAUCAAAGCAGCAGGCGCAGUAGAAGUAGUCAGGGUAGCGGGAGCAGGAAACAGCAGAUGUAAAGCCACGAUGGCAGCAGGAGCCCUUCCUGCUGAGCCGCUCCAAGUCAGUGAAAUUCCCGGCCCGAGGCGAUGGCCUGUGGUAGCGUGUAUGCCAUACAUCCUCACCCACAAAGAGUAUCAGAAAGUUCGUAUACACAAGUUGUGGGAUGCUUGCGUGCGUGAGUUCGGUCCCAUAUUCAGGCUGGACAUGCCGGGACAAGCACCCACUGUGUUCAUCUCUGAGCCUAAUGACAUCGAGCAUGUAUUGAAAAGUACAGCCAAGAAUCAACAGAGGGACCUGUUCAGUUCUUUGAAAUACGUUAGAGAUUCACAUGAGUUCUUUAAGAAGGACAAAUCCGGCAUUAUGUCUGAGCAGGGGGACGAAUGGUGGCGGGUGCGCAGGCGCGUCCAGCCGUACACAGCCAAACCGAAGAACGUGGAACUGUACCUUCCGCAGAUGGACCAAGUGAUGCUAGACUUCACUAAAAGCUGGGCAUCUUUAAGAGACGAAAUUAACGAGCUGCCCGACGACUUCGAUCAGGAGCUCUACUGCUGGGCGCUCGAAACCCUGGGCCUAGUGGUGUUCAACAAGCGGCUCGGGUACCUGCAAGGCAACUCCGAAGUGAAGACGAUCGUCGAGAUGGCCAGGGCGAUCUUCUCGUAUGUCCAGGACCUGGAGGUGUCCUCGCCGCAGUGGUGGAGGCUGGUGACCACCCCGAAGUUACGGAAUCUGAGGAAGACGCAUGACACUCUGCUACGCUUUGUGCAAUCGUCCGUGGCGGCGGUGGAGGCGGAACUCGACGCCCGCGGCCCUGAGGUAGACGGGCUCACCCUCGUGGAAAUGCUGCUCCUCGACCCCGAGCUGUCCCGCGAGGAUGCCCAUGCCUACCUCAUGGACCUGCUCACGGCCGGGAUUGACGCGGUUGCGAUAAAAGCGGCUUUCGUGCUGACGCUUCUAGCUCAGCAUCCAGAGAAACAGCAGAAAGUCCAUGAGGAGUUGGACGCGGUGCUUGGGGACGGGGCGCAGCCUCUGACUCCACAGCACAUCGCCAAACUCAGGUACACAAAGGCCUGCGUGAAGGAGGUGCUCAGGAUUUCUUCACCUUCAUCAAUAACUUCCAGACAACUUGUGGAAGAUACAGUUAUAUGUGGUUACCUCGUGCCAAAGGGGUUCAACGUGAAUCUGCUGCUGCGUCCGGCUGGCAUGAAGGAGGAGUACUUCGCCCGAGCCGCAGAGUUCGUGCCCGAGCGGUGGCUGCGCGGUCAGCCUCUAGGGCCCAUCAAUCCUUACUCCUCAAUGCCCUUCAGCCUCGGCGUCCGAAGCUGCGUUGGUCGCAGGCUCGCUGAGCAACAGACCUACACGCUUCUUGCCAGGUUGCUGCACAAGUACCGACUGGAGUGGCAUUACGGUCCGCUCAACCCACUAAUGGUCUUUACCCUCAUCCCAGACAAGCCUCUGCGACUGAAGAUGAUCGAGCGCAGAGUCUAAAUAAUUCUAAGGAAAAUAAUAGGCCUACUUAGAACCGCUCAGAAGAAUGGCGGACAUCAAUGAGAAUGGGGCUAAAGGCAUAUAUGAUGUGUGAAGAAAAUAGAUACACUAAUGGUUAUGUAGAGAUGAGGGAACAAAUGUUUGUUGUUCUAUUCUUAGUUUAAUUUCGUCUAACAGUUUCAUAAGACGUUCAAACUAUUACGGGAAUCGUUGUGUUGAUGUGUAUGCGUUUGUCAUUUACUUCGAUCGCUUAUAAGUUUUUGCCCUUUUCUUAUAAAUUAUACGUCAUAUGGUGAUCACGUGACCUAAAUCUUUCGAUACGUUUGUGUUGUGUAUUUGCUUGAAGUUAUAAUAAACUUUUUAUUUUA